GGCUCGCCCAAAUCCUCCCUCCCGGGUCCGUCUGCACAAGCUUGCUCGAGGUGUUGGCCUUGCCGUCUGAUCAAUAACGUCGCCCAGAGGCCUGUCAGCACAUCUCCUCCUUGGUCCCCUUUCGUUCUGUCCCGAAUCCGCCCUCCUGCCGUUCGCUGGUCACUUCCGUUGUCCUCUUGAACCCCACCCGCCACUCCUCAUACGCCAACAUGGACCCAGCUGCCCUCUAUCAAAUCUUUGGCGCCUCUUUCUCGUCCGAUGCCAACGUCCGCAUGCAGGCCGAGUUGGAGCUUCACAAGCUUGAAGAAAACGAUGGCUUCGUUUCCAGCCUCCUGCAAAUCAUCGGCACUCCAGCUUCAGAGCAGGCCGUUCGCCAGGCUGCCGCCAUUUUCUUCAAGAACCGCAUCCAGAAGGGAUGGGAGCCUGCCCGUGACAAGGCCAUCGGCGAAGCCGACCGUGCCAUCGUGCGCCAGUCCAUUGUCGAGGCCCUCUUGAUUUCACCCGAAACCAUCCGCAAGCAGCUGAUUGCCUCCAUCAGCAUCAUCCUCAACUCGGACUAUCCCGAUAAGUGGCCCGGAUUUCUCCAGAGCCUUCAUUCGAUGCUCCAGAGCAACGACUCCACCCACGUCUAUGGCGGUCUUCUGCUCUUGAGGGAGCUCGUCAAGGUCUUCCAUCUCAAGAAGCUCGAGAAAAGAACUCCUCUGAAUGAGAUCAUCCAGCUGGUCUUCCCGACCAUCCAGGCCAUUGCCAACGGCGUCCUCGAAUCCGAGACGAUCGAGGCUGCAGAGAUCCUCAAGCUCGUCUUGAAGAUCUACCACACGUCGAUCCAGUACGAACUCUCGGCGAUCCAGCAGGAAUCUUCCUGGAUCGUACCCUGGGGCAGCAUUUUCAUCAAGAUCGUCGAGAAGCCUCCUCCGGCCUGCUCGCUCGAGGGCAGUGACGAGGAUCGCGAAGCCCACGUUUGGUGGAAGACCAAGAAGUGGGCCUACCACUGCCUCCUCAAGCUCUUCUCUCGCUACGGAACCAACCUCAAAGAUCCUAAAUACGGUGCCUUCGCCGCCACUUUCCUCAACCACUUUGCCCCCAACAUUCUCCAAACCUUCCUGGCCCAGAUCCACCAGCAUGUUGCCGGCCAGUGGCUCUCGAGCCGUGUCAAGCAGCAGCUCGCCACGUUCAUUGCCGACUGUGUCAAGCACAAGAAUACCUGGGCGCUGAUCAAGCCUCACCUCGAGAUGCUGAUCCAGAACUUCAUUUUCCCUGCCCUCUGCUUCAGCGAGCAAGAUCAGAGCGUCUGGGAAGAGAACCCGGUCGAGUUCAUCAACAAAAAAGUCGAUCCCAUCGAGAGCUUUUAUAGCCUGUCUGCUGCCGCCGAGGUUCUCCUCAUUGGCAUCGUCCGCGAUCGUUUCUCGCAGACCUUCAUCCCCGUGGUUACCCUCAUCAACAACAUCCUCACUCAGUAUAACAGCACUCCUGAGGGCCAGCGCAACCCUCGCCGCAAGGAUGGCGCCCUGAACAUGAUGGGUGUUCUUGCCUUUGAUGUGCUCAAGAAGCAGUCUUCGAUCAAAGAUCAGAUGGAUCAAUUCCUUAUUACCCACGUGUUCCCCGAAUUCGAUAGCCCCCACGCUUUCCUGCGUCUGAGAGCUUGUGACCUGAUCCACCGUUACAUCGAUGUGGAUUUCGCAAACCCCGAGCACAAGAUCUUCUCCUUCCAGAAGGUCCUCAACGCCAUGCAGGACCCUGAACUUCCUGUCCGCAUCACUGCUGCUUUGGCUCUCGGCCCCUUCCGGGAAUACGCCGAAAUCCACGCUGCCAUGAUCCCCCAUGCACCGGAGAUCAUGCAGGCGUUCCUCAACCUCACCAACGAGAUUGACAUGGACACGCUGUCCGACGUCAUGGAAGACUUUGUUGCCGAUUACGCCGAGCAGCUGACUCCCUUUGCUAUCCAGCUGACUACCCAGAUGACCGCCACGUUUAUGCGUAUCCUUGGCGAGGUCAACUUUGACAGCGACGAUCUUGAAAACCUUGACGAAGAUGCCGACAAGAUUUUGGCGGCCUCUGGUGUUCUCAAGACUCUCUGCACUCUGGUCGUUGCCGUUGAUGCCUCCCCCGACAUCUUGCGCCAGCUUGAGGUCCUCGUCGCCCCUAUCAUUAUUUACGUCCUUGAAAAGAACGUCAUGGAUCUCUACGAAGAUACCUUCGAGCUCCUGGAUUCGUGCACCUACUGCCUGAAGGCCAUCAGCCCCGUCAUGUGGACUGUGUUUGACUAUGUCUACCGCGCCUUCAAGGCCGAUGCCGUGGACUAUAUCCAGAAUAUGCUUCCUUCUCUGGACAAUUUUAUCUCCUUCGGCAAGGAGGUCUUCGUCCAGAACAAGGCUUACCAGCACAUCAUUUACGAUAUCAUCGAAUCGGUGUUUGUCUCCGCCCAGGCCGGAGAAACCGACCGAAUCUAUGCCUGCCAGCUGAUCGAGUCCUUGCUCCUCAACCUCCGUGGCCAGGUUGAUCAGUACAUCCCCCAGUUCCUCGACCUUGCUUUCCGCUACCUCAAGGACGACACCCAGGCCAUCCGCUCCCAUCCUUUCCGCAUCCAUUGCCUCGAGGUCGUCAUCAACUGCAUCUUCUACAACCCCACUGCGACCCUGGCGCUUCUCGAGCAGGCGGGCUUGACCACCACCUUCUUCACUCUGUGGUUCAAGCAUCUCGAGGACUUUACUCGUGUUCACGACAAGAAGCUCUGCAUCAGCGCGAUCUGCGCCAUCAUGGAUCUUCCUGUCGAGUCGCUGCCUGCCUCGGUGCAGUCCGGCUACGCCCAGAUUGUUGCCGUCAUGGUCUCGAUCUUUGAUUCCCUCCCUGCUGCCCUCGAAGAGCGCCAGAAGGUGAUCGACGAUAGCAAUGCCGACUGGGAAGAGGAUGAGGACGAUGACGAAGGCGACGAGGAUCUCGAUGAGAUCAACGACGACGACGAAGCCGGUGGCGACGUUGCCAAUAUCAGCGAGGAAGAGUACCUCGAGUUCCUGAGCAAGGAACAAGGCAAGAUCAGCGCGGGCGACGACGACGAAGACGACUUUGACGACUGGUUUGUCGAAGACAUCAUGGAGGAAGACCCCUUCCACACCACGCCUCUCGACGACGUUGAUGCCUACAUCCGCUUCCAGGAGACUCUCAACAGCAUUGCAAGCCGCCCCGCUGCCUUUACUCUGCUCAAGCAGGUCGUCAAUGCCGAGCAGCAAGCCAAGUUGGAUAACAUCAUAGUGACUGCCAACGACAACCGGGUCAAGCAGGCUGAGGCCGCCGCCAAGAAGCAGCAGCAGCAGCAGGCCUAGAGUACGGCGCUACACUUUGUUACCUUGGCCCCGGAUGUGAGGUCAACUCCAUAUUUCUAUCGUGUUUUGCGUGUGUGCGCAUAUCUGGUUUGCAUUUCUGUCUUGCUAUUCCAUUAUUGUCUCGCUCUAUCACUCCCCCCCCCUAUUUCUACUUCCACCAUUCCCUCGCCAAUCCAUGCCCGCCCACGUUUGCCCCUCCAUCCUCUGUUGUCGUCGAUUAGGCCAAUCCCCCUGUCUUUUGCGAGACCCAGUGUCUCCUCGAUCUUCCCCGAUCCCCCACCCUUUGUCAUCUGGUUGUCGUCUGUGCUUCGUUUGGUUGCUGCCUGGCAUAGAUGAGUCUCAUCAACAUACUGCGGUGAGAAUCAAGUUGGGCGACGACGUGUACAGCUUCCCCAAGAAAACAAAAGCGGCACCCCCCCCCCGUUAUUUCAGAAUACUUG